AACAUGGUUGGCAAGGUGGAAAAAAUGAUAUCACAAGCUUCACAACAUCCCUGAGUUCGUUGCCCACAAUUCGACAGAGAGAAGCAAGCCAUGUGUGACCCAGAUUCAAUUGUCAUCAGCCCCAUCGCGAGCAGCCUCUUAGUUAAGAUACGGUUGUUGUUGAUGAUAGUAGAAGACGUAUCAUCAUUAGCAAAGGUGAAGGAUGACUUGGAAAAGCUUUUACGAGCCUUAAUCCCAUUCAAAGCAGAACUGAUGGAUAAGGAGGACAUGCAAGAGGCUGAUCCACUCUUGAAAUAUUCGCUGGGAGAUCUUCAAGAUGCAGCUUCGGAUGCGCAAGAUGUAUUGGAGGCUUUUUUAAUUAAAGUUUACAGGAGCAUUAGAAGAAAGGAACAGCGGCAGCAGCUAUGUCCAGGUAAAGCUUCCCUUCGAUUUAAUGUUUGCUUCCUUAAGAUCAAGGACAUCGUAGCCAGGAUAGAUUUGAUUUCACAAACGACACAAAGGUUAAGAUCUGAAUCUGUUGCAAGGCAAAAGAUUCCCUACCCACGGCCUCUACACCAUACAAGUUCUUCUGCAGGUGAUAUUGUUGGUAGGGAAGAUGAUGCAUCUGAGAUAUUAGAUAUGCUUCUAUCCCAUGAAUCCGACCAGGGAGAAGAGUCCCACUUUUCUGUCAUUUCCAUAAUUGGGAUGGCUGGUCUGGGCAAAACAACUCUUGCUCAACUCAUCUUCAAUCAUCCUAAAGCAGUCCAACAUUUUGAUUGUAGGAGCUGGGUUUGUGUCACGGUUGAUUUUAACUUCCCUAGAAUUCUUGAAGGCAUCAUUACAUCUCUCUCCCACAUGAAUUGUGAACUUGGAGGUUUAUCUACAAGCAUGCUAGAGUCUCGUGUUGUCGAAUUGUUGGCUGGAAAAAGAAUUCUAAUUGUCCUAGACGAUGUUUGGACUGACAAUUACUUUCAGUGGGAGUCGCUUGAGAAAGUCUUGAGGCAUGGGGGAAGAGGAAGUAGAGUCCUGGUUACCAGCAGAACAAUUAAAGUUUCUCAUAUCAUGGGCACCCAAGAUCCUUAUCGCUUGGGCCUUCUGUCCGACAAUCACUGUUGGGAGUUGUUCAGAAGAAUCGCUUUUAAACAUUGUAAGAUGUCAGAUAGAACACGGGGGGACCUUCAAAAAAUUGGUAUGAAAAUCGUAGCCAAGUGCGGAGGUUUGCCUUUGGCGGUGACGGCAUUGGCAGGCCUGUUGCGAGGCAACACGGAUGUAAACAAAUGGCAGAAAAUCUCAAAGAAUGAUAUCUGCAAAGCAGAGAAGCAUAAUUUUUUGCCUGCCCUAAAAUUCAGUUAUGACCAUCUACCUUCUCAUAUAAAGCAGUGCUUUGCGUACUGCUCCUUAUUUCCCAAGGCGUAUGUGUUUGAUAAAAAAGACUUUGUCAAUUUAUGGAUGGCAGAAGAAUUCAUUCAAUACACUGGACAAGAAAGCCCAGAGGAAACCGGAAGUCAGUAUUUUGAUGAGUUGUUAAUGAGGUCCUUCUUUCAACCUUCCGAUGUUGGCGGUGACCAAUAUAGGAUGCAUGAUCUUAUCCACGAGUUCGCACAGCUAGUUGCCAGCCCACUUUUCUUGCAAGUGAAAGACAGCGAGCAGUGUUAUCUACCUCCGAAAACCCGUCAUGUGUCACUGCUGGGCAAAGAUGUAGAGCAACCUGUUAGACAGAUUAUUGAUAAAUCUAGGCAGUUACGUACACUUCUGUUCCCCAGUGGAUACUUGAAAAAUAUUGGGAGUUCUCUAGAGAAGAUGUUUCAGGCUUUGACAUGCAUCCGGGUGUUGGAUCUGAGUUCAAGCACAAUCUCCAUAGUGCCAGAAUCAAUCGACCAGUUGGAGCUGUUGCGCUACCUGGACCUCAGCAAAACUGAAAUCACUAGGCUUCCCGACUCCUUAUGUAACCUCUACAAUUUGCAAACGCUGAAACUCUUAGGGUGUCUUUUACUUUCCCAAUUGCCCAAGGACUUUGCCAACUUGAUCAACCUGCGACAUCUGGAGCUAGAUGAAAGGUUCUGGUACUCAUGCACCAAGCUGCCACCGAGGAUGGGGAGCUUAACCAGCCUGCAUAACUUGCAUGUGUUUCCAAUUGGCUGUGAGAAUGGUUAUGGCAUUGAAGAACUAAAGGGUAUGGCCUACCUUACAGGAACGUUGCACAUUUCAAAGCUUGAGAAUGCAGUGAAAAAUGCAGUGGAUGCAAUGUUGAAGGAGAAAGAAAGCCUUGUGAAGCUUGUUUUAGAAUGGAGUGACCGAGAUGUUGCUGGGCCCCAAGACGCAGUUACUCAUGGGCGGGUGCUUGAAGAUCUACAGCCUCACUCAAACCUCAAGGAGCUCCGCAUUUGUCACUUCAGGGGUUCCGAAUUUCCACAUUGGAUGACAAAUGGGUGGCUUCAAAAUCUGUUGACUCUUUCCCUAAAUGGUUGCACAAACUGCAAAAUUCUCUCACUUGGUCAGUUACCCCACCUUCAACGGCUCUACCUUAAAGGAAUGCAGGAGUUGCAGGAGGUAGAGGAAUUGCAAGACAAAUGUCCCCAGGGUAAUAAUGUUUCCCUGGAGAAACUAAAGAUUCGUAACUGCCCAAAGCUAGCAAAGUUACCCUCUUUCCCUAAGCUAAGAAAAUUGAAGAUCAAAAAGUGCGUUUCCCUGGAGACUCUUCCAGCAACCCAGUCUCUGAUGUUUCUGGUACUCGUGGACAAUCUGGUUCUACAAGAUUGGAAUGAAGUGAAUUCUUCCUUUUCUAAGCUAUUGGAAUUGAAGGUUGAUUGUUGCCCAAAGAUGCACGCACUGCCACUGGUCUUUGCCCCACAGAAGUUGGAAAUUAAUAGGUGUGAAUUAUUGAGAGACCUUCCAAAUCCGGAGUGCUUCCGACAUCUUCAGCAUUUGGCAGUUGACCAAGAAUGUCAGGGUGGAAAACUAGUGGGGGCAAUACCGGACAACAGUUCUCUAUGCUCUUUGGUAAUUUCCAACAUCUCAAACGCCACCUCCUUCCCAAAGUGGCCUUAUCUGCCCCGUCUCAAGGCCUUGCAUAUUCGGCAUUGCAAAGAUCUAAUGUCUUUGUGUGAAGAAGAAGCACCAUUCCAAGGUUUGACCUUCCUCAAAUUAUUGUCCAUUCAAUGCUGCCCCAGCCUUACAAAAUUGCCGCAUGAAGGACUCCCCAAAACGCUUGAAUGCUUGACCAUCAGUCGUUGCCCCAGCCUUGAGUCCCUUGGCCCAAAGGAUGUGCUGAAGAGUCUCUCCUCCCUCACUGAUCUUUAUAUUGAGGACUGCCCAAAACUCAAGUCCUUGCCUGAGGAAGGUAUCUCCCCCUCCCUUCAACAUUUGGUGAUUCAAGGAUGCCCACUGUUGAUGGAGCGAUGCAGAAACGAGAAGGGAGGAGGCCAGGAUUGGCCAAAGAUCAUGCACGUCCCUGAUCUAGAGGUGGAGUCCACUGAUGUAUGUUCAACCCCAGAUUUGCCAAAGCCAAGGCCAUCUUCAGCUCAUUGGUAUAGCCAUAUUUCAUGCUGCAGAGGAGUUGAUGGAAGCGAAGCUCCACAAUCACUGCAACAUUUGAUGUGACCCCGGGAAGGGGAUUGGAGAAGCUGAACAAGGACCUGAAGAUGGCAACUCCGAUCUUGGAGCUGGGACAAUGGCACCGCCACAACCACCCCACCUCUACCAGCAGCGUCAUCGCUACAAAAGAGCAUCCUCCCUGAUAUGGAGAUUUCGCUGCUGCAGUUCCUCAUGAUGACGACUAUCAACCCCCAAUUUCUCCUCUUUCACCUCUAUCAUUGCCUUCAUCAGACCAAUCAGAGGAGCUCUUCCAUGCCGUACGUGAAAGCCAACACCAACCUUUUUCAAUCAUCGUUGGUUCUCCCUUGCUGCUUUCCAUUUCCACCGCCCUCCCCAAACUGGCAUGAGGCUCUAUAAACGGGGCUGGGAGUUUCCAAUCUUUACAACAACUCUCUUUCAAUGGCAAAAAAGGCACCAAGUUUGAAUAAAAAUACAGGAGUUGUACAUUCAGUGAGGAGCAGAGGGAAAACAAUAUAUCUGACUGCUAUAUAUAUCUAGUUGCAACAGAAAAGGCCUGGAUGAUGCUUUAAGUUGAUGGCUAAUGUGGCUAUAAGACUUGUGUUUGUGUCUUUGCACGGAUAGCGACUAUGUGUUACCUUCUAUGCUUGACAUGGACUUUGCUUGUGUUUUAAUUAAUAAUACGUUGGUAAUGAUUUGUCUUGGAUCU